GUAGAUGUCUGAUUUCUGCAUUAAAUAAAACUUGAGAAAAAAAGGUGUAGAAAGAAAAAAAGUUAAAGUAAAUUUUUUUAAACGAUUAGGCGUAUGUAUUUGGAUUGUUUAAUUGGAAAAAAUGUGUGUCAUUAUAUUAGUUAUUAAUUAAAGUGCCAAAAAAAUGAGUAAAUAAAAGGUAUCAAGCGCGGAUUGGACAAUUAGAAAAAACAAACCACAAAUAUGAUUCCUUAAAAGAAUGAAAUGAAACACUCUCACACAAAACUAAUGAAAAAAAAUAAUAAUUUUGUCUGCCACCAAGUACUAGUCACAGCAAUAAAAUAAAGUAAAAAAAGAAAAACAUUACUUACGAAGAAAAUACGUAAAGUUAAAUAAACAAGAAAUACAACAUCAUUUGCAUUUAUUGAUACAAGAUUAACAAUUUUAUUUAUUUCUAAACAAUACACAUUACUUUUAUAAUUAUUAAUAUUAGAAAUAAAUUGCCACUUUAAAGGUAGCAGCAGUAGGCAAACAAAUAGACACACGUACACACAAACACAGAGUAAAUUUACACAAAAAAAAAUGGGUAAUAAAAAUUCUUGCUGUGCCUAUUCGAGUCCACAAUCGGAUCGAAAAUCAAAAGACAUACCGCCCGUUUACGAAGAACGGCAUCAUAUACACCAGCACAAUUCGCAGCAUCAAUUGGAUGGCCAUGGUCAUGGUACAGCCUCUACUGCGGCGGUUCAUCACAACGAAGAGUUGAAUGACAAUCCACAGCAUCUGCAGCAUAUCUCAGAACGUGAAGGUGUAGAAGGGGAGGAGGAUCCCUCGGUAGAUCCUACAGCAGCCACAAUGUUUUUAGAACGUUCCAAGAUUGAAAAUGGUGGUAUAACACGCAAAAGAUCUCAACACCAAAUCGCUCAACAGAAUUCUACGGGAGGCUUGAAGAAAUCUUCCUCUUGUUCUACCAUCUUUCUAGAUGACAGCACUGUCUCACAGCCAAAUUUAAAGAACACGGUUAAGUGUGUGUCACUAGCUAUUUACUAUCACAUUAAGAACAGACAGUUCGACCGGCGCUUAGAUAUAUUCGAUGAAAAACUACACCCUUUGACACACGAUCCGGUGCCCGAUGAUUACGAUACCCACAAUCCAGAACAUAGACAAAUUUAUAAAUUUGUGCGCACUUUAUUCAAUGCCGCCCAGUUGACGGCUGAAUGUGCCAUUAUUACACUAGUCUAUUUGGAGCGUUUAUUAACGUAUGCCGAAUUAGAUGUGGCUCCCUGCAACUGGAAGCGCAUGGUAUUAGGCGCCAUUUUACUAGCCUCCAAAGUAUGGGAUGAUCAGGCUGUUUGGAAUGUGGACUAUUGUCAGAUCUUAAAAGACAUUACGGUUGAAGAUAUGAAUGAGUUGGAACGCCAAUUUCUAGAACUAUUGCAAUUCAACAUUAAUGUACCCUCAUCGGUGUAUGCCAAGUAUUAUUUCGAUUUACGCACACUAGCCGAGGCCAAUGAACUAUCAUUCCCCACAGAACCACUAUCGAAAGAGAGAGCCCAAAAGUUGGAGGCCAUGUCGAGGGUUAUGCAGGAUAAGGUCACAGCUGAGGCUUUAAAGAAUGGCAUUAAGAAAUGGUCCUCUAUGGACAAUAUCAGUCAAGGUGGACCCAGACGUAGUGUUGCUAUACUAUCGUGAUUUUUAUUAGUUUAUUAAAGUUGAAACAAAAGAAAAGAAAAAAAUAAAAUAAGGUUCACUUAUCAAAAUCCAAAGUUAUAAAUGGUUUGCUGCAACCUACUUUAUAAAGCAAAAGAAAACAAAACAAAAAAAGAGAAAAGGAAACCAAUUGCCAAAACAUAUUUCUAUUAUGCACACACCCACAA